AUGGGAAAUUUAUGCCUUCGACUCCUUGAGGAUGGGCCCCUGGAGGAGGUUCUGGGCGGGACCACCAGGGCGGGUGGGCAGCAGCAGGUUUUCCCACAGCCCUGCCCCCCAGACCCAUGUAACGAGGACAAGGAAAGUCAUGAGAAACAGAUCUUUUCACCGGACAUAUCUGUCAUCCGGGCUGCACAGUGCACCCCUUGGCUCCUCAGGCUCAGAGAACAGGGACCAGGAGGGGCCCCCGGGGCUCAGGAAGCCCCUGCUGCCCUGCGCCCUCAGCCUGGGGCCUCACCUGGAACCCUCCCCUCCCUCCCCUCCAGGUGGUGUGACUGGCCCCUGGCCGUGCUAAAUGGCAGCAUCGGAGCAGACCCCGGGUCGGGGAGCACGUGCCCAGGUCCACGGGGCCUGUGUGGAGGAACCGCCUUCCCCAGCUGCAGCCUGGCCCCUCAGUGGAGCAACCAUUGCAGGCUGAAUCAGAACCAGCUCUUCGGGAGUCCUUUCCAGCAGGUUCUGCAGGUGCAGGGCGGUGGCCGAAUCACAGGGGCAUCUGGCACUGCCCGUCUGGUGGGGUGGAUCAAGAACCACGUGUACCUCAAAGGCUCCUGGCAACUGCGGACAUCGCAGAAGCCCAAGCUGCGGAUUCUCUUACCUGUGGGCCCCAAAGGGAACCCUGAGGAGGAGCCUGGGGUCCAGAACAGGGACUCUGAAGACACUGUGGAGCUCAAAUUGAAGGUCGGACACCUGGAGGCUGAGGAUUACAGCCCCAGCGUCCCUGCUCCGGGCUACCUGGAGAACUCGCCACUGGGCCAGGGGCUGCACGGAUUCCUGGGGGCUGUCACCUUCCUCUGUCCCCUGGGCUCAGUCCUGGAUCAGACCACACCGAGCCCCAGGGGCUCUCAGAGGCCUGUCCUCCUGUGUGUUUGCCUCUGGCACCCCUGCUUUGGCCCCAAAAGUUUCUCUGUCCAGGGGCGAAAGUUCUGCCAGGACUGGUUCACCUCGAACCGCCUGUCCCUCAGAGGCUCCUGGCAGCUGCGGACAUCGCAGAAGCCCAUGCUGCGGAUUCUCUUACCUGUGGGCCCCAAAGGGAACUCUGAGGAGGAGCCUGGGGUCCAGAACAGGGACUCUGAAGACACUGUGGAGCUCAAAUUGAAGGUCGGACACCUGGAGGCUGAGGAUGACUGCCCUGUCGUCCCUGCUCCAUGCUGCAUGGACAAUUCCCCAUUGGGCCAGGGGCCCCACAGUCUCCCGGGGGCCGUCACCUUCCUCUGGCCCUUGGGUCUGGAGCUGGCUCAGCCCCUGCUGAGCCCUAGGGGCUUUCAGAGGUCUCUGCUCCUCCAGGCCUUCCUCCAGCUCCCCUGCUGUGGCCCUGGAAGGUUCUCCGUCCAGAGGGGGCAGUUCUGGCAGGACGGGGUCACCUCGGUGAGGGCCUGGCCUCAGGCCUCCGUCCACGUCCAGGUCAGGAAGUCGCUGCUGCCCUUUGUCAGCGUCAGGCCCGAAGGCCCCGGAGCAGCGAGAGGUUUCAACCUCGUCACGGAGGGGAGACUCUGCCCUCGUCUUAAUUUUUCACAUAACUUUUUCAUUCAUUUCUUGAAAGAUUCCGUGAUCCAACAGUAG